AGUUGUUAGCGUUCUGCUCUCUUCUUCUUCCCUCAUUUCAUUCUCCAAAAACCUUUCAACUCUCUCUCUCUCUCUCUUUCUCUCGUAAAAGCAGCGCAGUUUCUUCACCGCGUUUUUCCAAAUUUUCUCUCACUCAUCCCUAAGCUUUGUUUUCUUCUUUGAAAGUUUCUUGUUUAUUCUCAAAGGUAGUAGUUGCUGCGUGUAUUGGCUUUGAUGUUUGUGCAAAGGAGUUGACGAUUGACCAGCCUUGAAGUUUGGUAAAUGUGGUGAUUCAUAUCUUCAAAAUUUGCUUCAGAAACAUCAUUCAAGACAAGUUUCUCCUCGAUCAGUCAUGGUGUCAAGAUCAUAUGUUAAUCUUCUAGACUUAGCUGGAGAUUUACUCGGUAUUCCAAAUACCCCAAGAACUCUUCCUAGGGUUAUGACUGUUCCAGGAGUUAUUUCUGAUCUGGAUGCCUGUGGUAGAAAUGAUGCUGAUUCAGAUGUUAGUUCAUCUGGGUGUCGGGAGAGGAGAAUCAUAGUGGCAAACAUGUUGCCAUUGCAGGCCAAAAGAGAUAUAGAUACUGGUAAAUGGUGCUUCAGUUGGGACGAGGAUUCAAUCUUAUUACAAUUAAAGGAUGGUUUUUCUUCUGAGACCGAAGUGAUUUACGUGGGAUCCCUCAAAGUUGAAAUAGAUGCUAAUGAGCAGGAAGAAAUUGCUCAGAAAUUACUGGAGGAUUUUAAUUGCGUGCCUACUUUUCUUCCCCAUGAUCUGCAGAAAAAGUUUUAUCUUGGUUUUUGUAAGCAGCAACUUUGGCCUCUCUUUCAUUAUAUGCUUCCUAUAUGCCCUGAUCAUGGUGACCGCUUCGACCGUGUGCUCUGGCAGGCUUAUGUUUCUGCAAAUAAAAUAUUUGCAGACAAGGUGAUGGAAAUAAUCAAUCCUGAUGAGGAUUUUGUUUGGGUUCAUGACUACCACUUGAUGGUUUUGCCUACGUUCUUGAGGAAGCGGUAUAAUCGAGUAAAACUUGGAUUCUUUCUCCACAGUCCUUUCCCUUCAUCUGAAAUUUACCGAACUCUGCCAGUAAGGGAUGAAAUUCUCAGGGGAUUAUUGAAUUCUGAUUUAAUCGGUUUCCAUACUUUUGAUUAUGCUCGCCACUUUCUCUCUUGCUGCAGUAGAAUGCUAGGCCUAGAUUAUGAAUCUAAACGAGGACAUAUAGGACUCGAUUACUUCGGCCGAACUAUAUUUAUAAAAAUUUUGCCUGUAGGCAUUCACAUGGGCAGGCUUGAGUCAGUAUUAAAUCUUCAUUCUACGUCUGCUAAAUUAAAAGAAAUUCAGGAAGAGUUUAAGGGUAAGAAAGUGAUUCUUGGUGUUGAUGACAUGGAUAUUUUUAAGGGAAUCAGUUUGAAGCUUCUUGCUGUGGAGCAGCUGCUAGAGCAGAAUCCAGAUCUGCAGGGAAAAGUUGUCCUAGUUCAGAUUGUGAAUCCUGCAAGGGGCUCAGGGAAGGAUGUUCAGGAAGCAAAGAAAGAAACCUAUUCAAUUGUCCAGAGAAUCAAUGUCACUUAUGGUUCAACCAAUUAUCGGCCGGUUGUAUUGAUUGACCGUCAUGUUGCUCGAUUUGAGAAGAGUGCCUACUAUGCUGUUGCAGAAUGUUGCAUUGUUAAUGCUGUGAGGGAUGGCAUGAACUUAGUCCCAUAUAAAUAUAUUGUUUGUAGACAAGGAACUGAACAACUGGAUAAAACAUUGGGUAGAACAGCUGAUUCUCCUCGUUCAAGCAUGCUUGUUGUGUCUGAGUUUAUUGGUUGUUCUCCUUCUCUAAGUGGGGCUAUCAGGGUCAAUCCCUGGGACAUAGAUGCUGUGGCUGAUGCUUUGAAUUCAGCACUCACUAUGAAUGAUUCAGAGAAGCAAUUGAGGCAUGAGAAACACUACCGAUAUGUCAGUUCUCAUGAUGUGGCAUAUUGGGCACGCAGCUUUAUGCAGGAUUUGGAAAGAGCAUGCAAAGAUCACUAUACCAAAAGGUGCUGGGUAAUAGGGUUGGGCCUGGGGGUUAGAGUUGUUUCCCUUUCUCCUGGUUUUAGGAAGUUGUCCAUUGAUCACAUCGUUUCAGCUUACAAAAGAACCAGUAGGCGGGCCAUAUUUCUUGAUUAUGAUGGUACUCUGGUACCACAAUCUUCUAUAAGUAAAAUUCCCAGCCCUGAAGUUAUCUCUGUGCUAAAUGCUUUGUGUAAUGAUGCCAAAAACAUUGUGUACAUUGUUAGUGGGAGGGGAAGAGAUUCUCUAUGUGAGUGGUUUAUAUCUUGCAAAAUGAUUGGACUGGCGGCUGAACAUGGCUACUUUUUAAGGAGCAAUCAAGAUUUUGAAUGGGAAAUGAGUCAUUUAUCAGCGGAUCUAGAGUGGAAAAAGGUUGUGGAGCCCAUUAUGCAGUCAUAUACAGAGGCAACUGAUGGGUCAAAUAUUGAAAUUAAGGAGAGUGCUUUGGUGUGGCAUCAUCGAGAUGCAGACCCUGAUUUUGGCUCUUGCCAAGCCAAAGAGUUAUUGAGCCACUUAGAAAGUGUGCUUACCAAUGAACCUGCAGUUGUUAAAAGGGGCCAGCAUAUUGUUGAAGUUAUGCCACAGGGUAUAAGCAAAGGUCAGGUAGCUGAAAAGGUUCUUACAAAUAUGGUUAAUGGUGGUAAUUCACCGGAUUUUGUGUUGUGCAUUGGAGAUGAUAUUUCUGAUGAAGAUAUGUUUGAGAGCAUAUCAAGGACAGUGUCAUGCCCAUCAUUCCAAGUAGCCCCAGAUAUCUUCGCCUGCACUGUUGGUCGCAAGCCGAGCAAGGCCAAGUAUUAUCUUGAUGAUUCUGCAGAUGUCAUUAAGUUGCUGCAGGGACUUGGUUCUUCAUCUAAUCCAAAACCCAGGCAUUUACCACAUUUCCAGGUUUCUUUUGAAAGCACAGUUUGAGUUGGAAUAAAGCAAGACAUCAUUAUUGGUUCCUUAUGGUGCUCUAAUGACGAGUUCUUCACCCGUGAAUCAGAUCUUUGGUUAUUUAUCUUGUGGACAAAUAACUAGAUUUAGUUUUUUAUAUCUAUUUCAUUCAGUUUUCCAAUUAGAUGAUGACAUGUGGACAUUUUUCCUGAGCUAAAAAUGGAGUGGAAGUUUUUAUGGACAGGUUACACGUGUAAUUUACACGUUAAACUCACCAUGAGAAUUUCCACCUCCUAGUUAACCCUUCAACCAAACACGCACUAAAAAGCAAAAAGAAUAUACUUAUCUCAAGAAAAGAGUACUCACAUGUCUUUAUUUAAUUUGAGAACUGGAUGGAGUGCAUAUAGAGAACUUUAUCUAACAUUUUACCUUUAAUCUUGGCCUGACACGUGGUGGGACCUUGCUUGUGCAAAUGUGAUUCUUUGCACCUGAACUGGUUUUGCAUGCAUUGAAGACUUGACGAUUCUGAUGUACAUGGCAAAAUUGGUUACACCAAUUGUUUAUAUUUCCUGGUGACACCUAAUUAUGCUAAAGUUGUGCUUCGAAUUGUAGACCAUAUAGAUUGUUUUGCAUUGAACAAGGGGCACCAUAACUUGUACAGUUACACUUUUUGUCAACUAUAUACAUAAUAUACCCAUAUGGUGUGGGAUCUCUUGUUCCAAAUGACCCCUUUUCCGUGACCAAAUAGAAGCAAAAAAUUCCUUGGAAUCUCAAACUAUUGUAAUUAAAUGGUUCUUUUUAGGGCGGUGGAUACUUUUAACAACAGCCAUAGAUUGGAUUUUUGACCAAAAAAUUUUAAAGUUGAGCUUUUUAAUGAAGGUUAUAGUUAUAGGCCAAUUACGGGGUGGUCAUGAAAAUAUGGCUAGUUGGUGGCAGGCAAAGAAUUUUUUCAACUGUUUUGUUUGUGACACGGAAGGAUUAGCUGUGUCCCAAUACAACCGAGUAAAAGCUUUCCAACUGUCAAAUAUAUCAAAUAUCACAAUUCUUAGGUCUUAGCAUUUACCACUAACCCUAUA